AUGAUAAUGUUUCAUCUGAAAUCACAAUCCCACUUUCCCGUCCUGGCUCAAAUCCGUUUCCAUCCCAUCAGAAGCUUCAUCGUUUGUCAGCAGUAUCGACCAAUAUCAAUAUCAAUAUCACGUCACACUCCCAGAGUAUCUUUUCCCAAGAACACGAGAUCUUUCACCAAUUCCUCUUUGAAUUAUUCGAAUAAGUCUUUCAGUAUGGAUCAAGAUCAAAACACAGAAACUAUCAUCGGAAUAGGACAAUUAUGUUCCACAGCAGACAUUCAACAAAAUCUUCUUACAUGUCAAAAACUUGCCAAAGAAGCAUCAGAGCAAGGAGCAAAAGCACUCUUCCUCCCUGAAGCUACAGACUACAUAACCACCCCCGGCUCACCACCCACCUCCCUCUCUCUCGCUCUCCCUAUGAAAACAUCCCCAUUCGUUCUUGGUCUCCAAUCCUCUGCCAAGGAAUUUUCCCUAGCUAUAAACGUCGGAAUCCACGUUCCAAAUGCUUCUGGAAACAAGGUCCUUAAUCGAUCGAUCUGGAUUUCUGAGUCUGGAGACAUAGUGGGACAAUAUGAUAAAGUCCAUCUAUUUGAUUAUGCAGCUGCGGGGCUGAAGGAAAGUGAUAGUGUGGAAGCUGGAAAGAAGAUUGGAGGACCGGUUGAGACGUGCGUAGGGAAGGUGGGAUUGUUGAUUUGUUUUGAUCUCCGCUUCCCCACUGCCUCCCUCCAUCUCCGCACUCGAAACACUCAAAUCCUUACCUACCCCUCCGCCUUCACCAUUCCCACCGGCCUCUUACAUUGGGAAACUCUUCUCCGCGCCCGAGCAAUCGAAACCCAAUCUUAUGUCGUCGCCGCUGCGCAAGUCGGUUCUCAUAAUGUCAAACGGAAAAGUUACGGACAUUCUAUGGUUAUUGAUCCGCUGGGCAGGGUUGUAUUGGAUAUGGGAGGGGAGGGGGAUGUCGAAGGAGAAGAGAGCACUCUUGCAAGCGGAAAGUUGGGAAUUGCGAGGAUUGAUUUGGGAAAAGUGAGGGAAGCGAGGGAAAAGAUGCCGUUGAUGGCCAGAACGUGA